AGCCGUUUCGGCGAGCGCGAGGGGCACCCCCCGCGCGCGCGCGCGCGCCGAUCGGCCGGCGGGUGCCGCGGCGAUGCUCGGGGCCUCCUGCCUGCGCCGCACCAGCGGCGCCCUCGCCCGCGGCCCCGCGGCCGCGCUCGGCGGCGCUGGCAGCUGUGGCUGUGCGCGCCCGGGCCGCCUGCUCCUCCCGGCGCCGGGCUCGGCCCAGGCUCGGCGCGGCCACGGCGGCCACGGCGAGGCCCACGGCCACGGCCACGCGCACGAGCAGUGGGAGCACCCCGGGCGCUACGAGGAGAGCGCGAGAACCCGCUGUGGGCCACCAGGGACUGGGCAGGCCGCGCCUUCACCGUCGGCAUCGGCGGCCCCGUGGGCUCCGGGAAGACGGCCCUGACGCUGAGGCUCUGCCAGAUGCUGCGGGACAAGUACUCGGUGGGCGUCGUCACCAACGACAUCUUCACGCGCGAGGACUGCGAGUUCCUGACCCGCAACGGCGCCCUGCCGCCCGAGCGCAUCCUGGCGGUGGAGACGGGUGGCUGCCCGCACGCGGCCAUCCGCGAGGACAUCACCUCCAACGUCCUCGCCCUCGAGGACCAUGGGGAUCUGACGGCGAGGCACCCUGGGAUCCAGCUGCUCAUCUGCGAGAGCGGCGGCGACAAUCUGGCUGCCAACUUCUCGAGGGAGCUGUCCGACUACACGGUGUACGUGAUCGACGUGGCCGGUGGCGACAAGGAAGGGCGGGCCGGGCAUCACGCAGUCGGACUUGUUCGUGGUGAACAAGAUCGACCUGGCCGCUGCGGUGGGGGCCGACUUGGAGGUGAUGCGCCGCGACGCCAAGCUUAUGCGCGGAGAUCCCGGGGCCGACGGUGUUCGCCGCGGUCAAGAACGGCGUCGGAGUGGAGGAGAUCGCGGGGCGGAUCCUGUCGGCGUGGGGGCUCGCCACCGGGAGCCGCGCAGACGCGCAGUGAGCCGGCCUCGCUGGCUUUCACGGGCGGGGCGGGUCGGAGGGCUCGUCGGACGAGCGCCUCGAGGGUAGAGCCCGCGGGCGGAGGGGCCCGGAGCCCCGCGCGGCCCCGCUGCUCGGCGGACGCCGUGCCCGGGGCUGCCAGCGGCGCGCGCGCGCACGCGCGCGCUGGUCUCCUCGGCGGAUGGCCUGGCUGA